GAGAAGUUUGGUGUUGGCUGCGCUUCGCUUCUCUGGAGAGCGCUUGUCUUUCUUCCUUUUCGCCCGCGGCGCUUGAAGGGAAAGGAAGGGAAAGGCAAGGGAUCGAGGAUGGAAGGAGCAGGCCGGAGAGAGCGCCAGGCUCAGGUUGGCAGAAGCUGGGGCUAACAGUGGGAGCUUACUCCGCUCCACCGAAUUCGAACUGCUGACCUUUCAGCCAGCAACUUCAGCAGCUCAGCGAUUUAACCCACUACACCACCGGGGACUCCCACAUGCAUGGCUGAUAUCUGCCUCAGCUCUAUGUAUUCCAUCUUGUGUUCAAAGCAGUAAUGGCAAAGGAAUUCAUAAAGAACUGCUGCAGAGGCUGUCUGUAUAUUGGGAAAGAAAAGAAUGAUGCUUCUCUGGAGAAGGAGUCUGAGGUUACAGACAAAUACAAAUCAAAUAUUGUGGAGAAACCGCCUUUGUCUUCUGUGUCGGUGAAACGGCAGGUUGGCUGUUCAGAAGAUUAUCUUCUUUCCAAGCUCCCUCCAGCUGGCCAAGAAGUACCCUUUGUGGUCCCUCAAUUCAAACUUGCUUACGUCCAGCCCAAGAACCUUGGUCAUUCAUACCGUGGAGGAAUUCAAGGUUCUGCUGUAGCAUCUUUUGGUGAUCGAAAAACAGAACUUUCCAGUGCAUACCAACAGAGACCUCUUGUUGAUGUGGUGUAUAACCCAUUCUAUAUGCACCACCAGCCGCCACCACUUUCUCCAGAGUUGGUACGAUGUUGCCCAGAAAAAAUGGACAAUAGGAGACUGUAUGGGUCAGUUUGUGAUUUGCGGAGCAGCACAUUGCCAGGCUCAUCUUCUUUUAGCCAUUCUAUGUUUGAUCUUACAAGUCCUCCUCACCAUUUUAUCCAGCGAUACGAUUCAGUGUCUAGUGUUCCAAGCAGCACCUCCUCCAUGAAGGACUCACAAGGUAGUAACAGGAGUUUAGAUACCAUUACAUUGUCAAGUGAUGAAAGAGAGUUUGGCAGACUUCAUGUGAAGUUGUGCUAUCUUCUUCCUGUGGAACAAAUCUGGAUCACAAUCUUACAAUGCAAAGAUCUGAGCUGGUCCUCUAGCUGUGGAGAAAAACCCUACAUUUCCAUCAAGGGAGUCCUUACACUGCCCAAGCCAGUUCAUUUUAGGUGUUUGGCAAGAGAAGCUUCCAGUGACAUAGCAUUUAUGGAAACCUUUGUGUUUGCUAUCAAAUUGCAACUCCUGCAGACCGUAAGACUAGUGCUCAAAGUACAAGCUCAGUCUCCCAGGAAGAAAACCUUAGGAGAAUGCACUUUGUCACUGCGACAGCUCAGUUCACAAGAAACAGAGCACUGGUUGAUGAUCACACCUCCUUCCAAAUCUUCAGCAAGUUCUGCAGAACUGAAAAUAGGCACCUGUUUUCAAGCAGUAAACUGCCGGAUCCAGUUGCAAAUUCUUGAAGCACAGAACCUUCCAAGCUCAUCCACACCACUCUCUUUAAAUUUUUAUGUAAAGGUUUCCAAGCUUAGCACUGAAGGACUGAUUGAUAAAAAAAAGACUCGACUACUGAAAUCUACUAAUGGUCAAGUGAAAUGGGGGGAAACUAUGAUUUUUCCAGUGAGCCAGAAUGAAUGUGGUAUAAACUUUCUCAUCAAACUCUACAGCAGGACGUCAGUGAGAAGAAAACACUUUGUUGGACAGGUCUGGCUAAGUAGUGACAGUAACAGUUUUGAAGCAGCUGCUCAGUGGCAAGACACAAUUACCAAUCCAGAGAAGGUUGUUGUCAAAUGGCACAAUGUUAGUUCAGCAUGCUGAUGCUAUGGGUGAUUCAUUGGCUCAUGAACAGGACUUUACCCGAAAGACUUCUAUAGAUGUUUAAAACGAACAGCCAUCAGUUAAGAGAAAAAGGACAUAUGGACUGCACAGUGUCACUUCUGGAGAGGAAAAUGUUGUGCUGGAGAAAAUUGACAACAGGCAAAAUCCUGGAAAUGUUAAUGGAAGUCAGAGCCCACCUUUGCGAGUGGCAAGGUUAACUGCCUGGCUUUUAUUGUAUGUAAUGAUUGCCAAUGGACUUUUUGUAUAUUUAUGGUCAUCCUAAAAAAAAAACUGGGGUGAUUGCAUAUUUAUGUUCAUUUUAGAAAAAGUUAAUAUUCUUAGAUUUAAUUCAGCUUAUAUUUGGAUGUAUUUUUCUUCGGGAAGACUUUAACCCUUUAUCAUUUUGAAAACAGUGCCUUAGCUACCAUUUUACUUCUCAAGCUUUGGAAGAGUAUGCUCUUGCUAGUUCUAUCUUCAUGGUGAACAACAAAUAAGCAGGAAGCAACUGUGUUUUAAAAACCUUGAAAUAAACUCAAAGCAUGUAUGGUGACAUAA